AUGGUAAAUGGACAAAGCACUACCCAGCCUUCUCUUGCUCAAAUCACAAGCGCAUUGGCAUCUGGAUCUGGUAGUACCUCCUUAGGCAGUGCUUUGGCAGAAGCUGGGAGUACUCUGGAAAGCAUCAUCUCUGACACCAUCGCUCAACUCGCAAGAUGGACGACUCUCAUUCUAUUUCCUGAGCGCUACUAUUCGUAUGGACGCUCUCCUGCUGUGUAUCCGUCGCCACAGGGCCAAGGCAGUGGAGACUGGUCGCAAGCAUAUAGUCAGGCAAAAGCUUUGGUUGCUCAGAUGACCGUUCAGGAGAAAGCAAACAUCACUUUGGGCUCUUCGGAGACACACGACUGUAGCGGCUUCACAGGUAGCGUUCCUCGUCUUGGGUUCCCGGGUAUGUGCCUGAACGAUGCCGAAAGUGGUGUUCGCACCGCAAGCAAAGUCAAUGGUUAUCCAGCUCAACUACACAUUGGCGCUUCCUGGAAUAGAUCUCUAGCAUACGAUAGGGCUCUUCAUCUCGGCCAGGAGUUCAAGACAAAGGGUGUGAAUGUUCUUCUCGGUCCAGUAGCUGGUCCCCUUGGCAGAAUUGCGACUGGUGGAAGAAACUGGGAAGGCUUUUCAAACGAUCCAUAUCUCGCCGGCUCUCUGAUCGCUCCUACAAUUUCAGGCAUGCAGAAGCCCGUCAUUGCUUGUGUGAAGCACUUCAUCGCCAACGAACAAGAGACCAAUCGCAGUCCUUUCCUCCAAGGAUUUCUCGGUGGCUUGAUCAACCUGAACAAUUCUGUCUCGUCGAAUGUCGAUGAUAGGACCAUGCACGAGUUGUAUCUUUGGCCGUUCUAUGAUGCUGUCAAGGCAGGUGCUGGAAGUACAAUGUGCAGUUACCAACGAGUCAACAACAGCUAUGGUUGCCAAAACAGCAAGACCAUGAACGGCCUUUUAAAGACAGAACUAGGAUUCGAAGGCUUCGUUGUAAGCGAUUGGUAUGCGCAACAUACUGGUGUCGCUAGCGUGAACGCAGGGCUAGACAUGGUCAUGCCCAACUCCAUGUAUCUGGAUGUCAACAGUUUCGCUACCGCCAUUAAGAAUGGCUCUAUCAACAGUACUCGUCUAGAUGAUAUGGCCACUCGUAUUCUCGCAACCUGGUACCGCUUUGCCAACCUACAAAAUCCUGGUUUGAACGAUGCUGAAGCACGUCAGGCGGCAGCAGAAGCAACACUCUUCCAGGGCGCCGUCGAAGGCCAUGUCCUGGUCAAGAACGUGAACAAUGCACUUCCACUCAACAAGCCAAAAGUUCUUUCACUGUUCGGAUACGAUGCUCCCGGCGGAAUCAACACAUCCGCCACUAGUUUCCAGCUUAAGCCAAAUGGAAAGCUCAAUACACAAGCAUAUACUAACGGUAAGCCCUACACUGAUCUUGAUGACCUGAUCAACUCGGCUCAGGUGCUUCCGGCCGGCUUCGCUGGUCCCGAGGUCGCUUUGAACGGAACACUCUAUACUGGAGGUGGAUCAGGUGCCAUCACACCUGUAUCGUCUAUCUCUCCUGAAGAUGCAUUCCGGAGUCAAGCUGCUAUCGACGGUACGACCUUGUACGCAGAUCUCACGUCACAGAAUCCCACUGUCAGCGAUCCGAACAACCCAUGCUUGGUCUUCAUCAACUCCCAAUCCAGCGAGACAUGGGACCGCAGUACACUAGCAGACAUCUACUCCGAUACUCUGGUCACCAACGUCGCUUCCAGAUGCAAAAACACAAUGGUCAUCAUCCACAGCGCAGGCAUCCGCCUCGUCGACCGCUGGAUCGACCACCCCAACAUCACAGCCGUCAUCUAUGCCAACCUACCAGGCCAAUACAGCGGAACCUCGCUGACGGAAAUAAUAUACGGACGCCAAUCGCCCUCGGGUCGUCUCCCCUUCACCGUCGCAAAGAAUGAAUCCGAUUAUGGAAGUUUACUGCGGCCGACAUUGCCGGAUAGGAUUAAUCCUCAAUAUUCGCAGUCCGACUUUACGGAAGGGUUGUUUAUCGAUUACAAACGAUUCAUACAGCAAAACGUUACUCCACGCUUUGCGUUUGGGUAUGGGUUGACGUAUUCGAAUUUCAGCUAUUCGGGGCUGCAGAUGUCUGCUAAUGAUAGUGCGGUCACAUCGUCUUCUCCACCUGGUACGGUUGCUGGUAUUGCUGCUGAGGGAGGCACGACGUCGCUAUACGAUAUCGUCGCUACCGUGUCGAUUGCCGUCAAGAACACCGGCAAUGUUGCUGCUGCCGAAGUCGCUCAACUGUAUCUCGGCAUCCCUGGCAGCGGCGUGCCUAAAGUGCUUCGCGGAUUUGAGAAGCAGUUGAUUCAGCCAGGUGCGAGUGUCAAUAUGACAUUCUCAUUGAGAAGAAGGGAUAUGAGUAUUUGGGAUGUGGUUAGACAGCAGUGGGUGUUGCCUUCUGGUGCUUUCAACAUUAUGGUCGGAAAGAGUGUUUUGGAUAUCCAGUUACAGGGUACUUUGACGUUGUAG